AUGGCGACGAAACAGCGGGUUCAUAUGAGUAGCCAAUUUCCCAAGAAUAAAGUCAUAUAUAGUCACUCGAAAAAUCAACGCGUCGUCUUCAGUAGGCAAGUGCCAGCUCCUUUUACUUUAUCGUCCGAGAUUAAUAGAAGGAGCGCUCUGUCUACAAUAUCAGGCUUUGGUAAAAAUCGUCCAGUAAAGAAAGGAAAGAAUUCAAUGCAGGGAUUUUCCAAUAUUAUAGCUAACUUUGGCAGCCAGAGCAAGGGCAACUUUGUUCAAAGCUAUGGCAGCCAACGACCCACAACCAAAAAUAAACCAUCCACUACCAAGUCAUCGGUUGCUCUAGUUCCUCCUUUGAGACGAUUUAUGACAGCCGUUUCAAGUGCUCAUUCUACAAAAACCACUAAGUCUGCCAUUAAAAGUGGUCAUGCUUCAUCAAAAUCGAACGCUUCUCGUCAAGAUCGUUACAGUACUGGCAAAGAUAGCAAUAGAAAUACAACUGCUGUUAGUCGUGGCACUGAUGGAAUGAAAAGUAAUCAAUCAUCAAGAUAUAGCCAAGUCAGACCAUCGAAAAAGUCAAACGAUGCCACAGGAAUUCCAAUGUAUUCAAAGUUACAGUCUAGAGUUCACGAUAGUCGUAGGCCAAGAUUGCAGCCUAUUGCUGAAACUAUUAAGCAAAAGCCACAUAGUCGACGUACAACAAGUGAAAUUACUCGUGUUUAUUCAUUAAGCACGCCAUUUAAUGGGCCAACAGCAAUGAAAUCCAAUAAUGGUCAUUUAUCAGAACGUCAUUCUAGGCCUGAUAAUGAUCGUUAUGAUGCCAAUAAAUCGGUUAAAAAAGAAGAUAAGCCGAAACAACCUAUUCCAACAUUAAAGUCUCGCUUACCUAAAUCCGUAUUUUCAUCCAUGGUCGUUGGUAGUAACAAAUUCGGUCAAUCUAAUCCUGAUGAUAAUGAUGCCAAUAAACUUGAAUCACAACCGAAAAAGGACAAUAAAUUCUCCCAAAAUGCAAAGAAAUCUUCAAAGCCUCUACCCUCCUUUGCAAAAAAUCGUCGUGCAUGUGGUGCUGCAAGUGAUUCCGACCUUAGUAAAACCAACAAAAAGCCGACUAAACCAUCCAAGCCCAAAUAUAAAUCCGAUUUACAUUUGAACUUCUUACCAAUCAAUCUGUCUUAUUACAAAGAUUAUGGUGUUACUGAACCAAAAUCAUUGGGUAUGAAGAAAUGGGCUUCUGAUGAAAAGAUUCGUAAAUCUCCCUACAAGUUAAAUCUUAAAGUCAACCCUGAAUCUACAUCGAAUGGUGGCAAAAUUCCUUCUCCACGCGAUGAACGCCGUAAAUUAUCAUCUGAAAAUCAAAAUCUAGCCAUUAGCCCAGCCAAUCAGGAACUAAUUAAAGGGCUCAAUCGAAUCUAUGGUAAAUCAGUAAAACAGAACUUAUUGCGUGGAAAAAUAGCUGAAAAGGUGCGCCAUGCACAAGAAGAACAGAAACUCCGUGAAAAAAUACAAUCCAAGAAUGAAAGGCGCUUAUCGAAUAUAAAAAAGAAGGAAAGGGAGGAAGAUAUCCGUAACAUUAAAGAAAAACAUAAUAAGGAUUUACAAAAGCGCUAUGCCAAUACACAUAUGUCGAUGAAAGCAUUAUCUAUUGCUGUUAUUGCCGGUAUGAAACUAAAGCAAGGAUGGAUGCCGCGAGUGGAUGAUUCUAAAAAAUCGCAACCAUUGUACACAACCACAUCGAUUAAAAAGCCUAAAAGUGAUCAAGAUAAGGCUAGUUCUGUUGCAAGUUCCAGAAAUUCGAUCGCUCUUCCUGCGGAGGAGGGACAUAAAUUUUUACCAGCCUUGGAUGUGAAGCAUGAAACGCAGCAACCGUUGAGCUAUAAUCUCAGCAAUCGAAAUAGCCCCAAGUCUAUGUUUAAUCUAAGAGCAGAGGAUGAUGAGUCGAUCUUACCACGACUAAAAACUCCUCCAGAUUUUUCAAAAUCGCUUGAUACCCUGCAAAGAGAGAUUGAAUUGCCUAAAACGCCUGAUUUUCUCGAUAGACAAACAUUACAUCUCGAUGACGAUGAUGACGACCAAAUUGCUAAGAGUGACAAUGACAAACAUGUCAAAUUUAGUGACAUGGACGAUAAUCCUGUCGUAGGAACGACAGCAGGCUACUCGAACCCGCAGUCUCCUAUCCUUUCAGGAAGUUCGAGAGGCAAUAGCCCGAUACCUAAUAAUUCUGUUGUGUUGCCUAAAAUCUCAUCACGAGAUAAUAGUCCACAUGGACCAAGAAGCUCAGCGCCAUCUGAUGAAGGUCGGAAACUAUCGAGCAACGGUGAUGAUGCGAUAGCUAAGCGAUUAGCAGCAUUGAGGAAAGGAUCCAAAAUCGGAAGUGGUGAAAGUAGCCAUGAUUUAUUGAGCUCGCAAAAUGGUCUUGAGCAGAGGCUAAAGGAUAAUAAAUUGAUAGAUGACGAUGCAGAUGCCGAUAGCAGCAAGGGCAGCUUAACCGAAGUACCAGAUAUCAUACAGCAAAAGUUAAAGGAGCUUAAAUUAAAGAAUCGAUUGGAUAAUCCUGGAGAUAAUUCAUCGGAUAUCGAUCAAGGCGAUAGUAGGCGCAAUAGCAGUGUAUAUAGUUUAGGAUCACUAAGGACAAACCAAAGGCCAGGUGCAUUAGGCUCUGCUAGUAGUGGUUACGCUAGCGAAGGAAUUUCACAUUUGCCGUCCACAGCUACUGAUCCAAUCCGUGUUUUACCAACUCUGGGUAAUGAUAGUGACAAAAUAAAUAAUGUAAGUGGAGCAGUUAAAAGCAGUUUACAAUCUAGAUUAGCUCGACUUCGAUCCAAUCUGGAUAAGAACAGAGCUGGAAGGCCAUACAAGCCUCUUAGUCGUAAUAGCAGCUUAAAACAGUUGGCUCUGGCUAAUAGCAGUGCCCAGCAAGAUUCGACUGCAACACCAACGAGUUUUAGAGCUGAAUCCCAAGUAGAUCAAGUUCAAUCUGGUAUAGCAAAUUCCAAUAAUAAUGAUGAUGACCAUGGUGAUACGUCAAAUUCGCCAAUUAGCUCGUUUGAUUUAUUACAAAAAUUAAAAUCGAACGCUGACAAUCAUAGUGCAGGCAGCAGACGCAGCAGUUUAUUUGAUACGGAUGGCGGAGUACAGAAAAAGUUAGAAAUACUCAAGAAUAAUCUAAACGAUACUCCUGGAUAUAAUAAUUACAAACCUAGUAGUGGCAGUCGUAUUGGUAGUAGACGCACUAGUUUGUUCGAUGAAGAGGAGGAUGUUGCUAAGAGAUUGAAUGAUCUACGUAGUAGUUUAAAUGAUGAUAAAGGAUUAUUUCAAUCGUCUUCGCGUCCCUACACUGGCAGUAACAUCGGCAGUAGGCGAGCUAGUUUGUUCGAUAAUGGUGGAGAUAUUCAGAAUCAAUUAGAUUCCUUAAGGGAUAACGCCAGUUCUAACCAGGGAUUAUAUAAUUCGCAAUCACAAGAUCUCUUACAACAGAAACUAGCUGAAUUACGAUCGACAGCAGCGGUCGAAGGGUAG